AUGAAGUCAACCCUUCAUAUUUAUACUGAGAUUAAAAGAAAAUCAAAGAAAUAACAUCAUAAAAAACUUUAGAAUUAGACUUCGAGAAAAUUCGAUAUCGCAGAUGUUGAUCUUGUGUUAUUAUUUAUUUAUAAAUUUUAGUCAUUUUUAAGUUGUCAGAAGAAUGAUUGAUAAAGUUAAUUAAAAUAAGUCAUUUUUUUAAUAAUAAAUAUUGGUAAUUAGAUAAACUUAAAUUUUAAUGACAAUAUUAUUAAUUACAUCCAUAGAAAAUUAAGAAAAUGUAAAUUUGGCAUGA